UGCCCCAUGAAACCUCUUGCUGGCGAGCCGUAAACGUUUCAUUGUGGAAAAGUCCCCCCCCCCAUGUUCUGUCACUGGUGAGAUCGAGGUCAUGUCUAUGUGUGUAUCUGGUGCACAGAGAGGACAGACAGACAGACAAAAGUUGCAUUCUGAGAGGUUGCAUUCAUGUCCCAGAUACUGAAGAGGAAGGUAGGCGGGAGGUUUGUAGUAAAGAGCAGAUAAAAGGGGAAAUCACCAUCACAGCUCUGCAAAGCUCCACAGCAAUCAGAGAUGAAGGAGUAAAGAUGCCUUACGCACCGCAAGAUGUUACAUUCAGAUAUGGGAGCUCCGCCUUCCACAUGGAGUGUCAUUUGCAUAUUUCAUUUAUUCACAGUGACAGCUUCCGAAGGUUUCUAUAUCAGGAAAGGAGAUAUCAUAUUUAAACCGGCCUCCGUGGUGCCAAAAGGAUCCGAUGUCCUGGUGAUCUGCAUGUUUUCCAAGGACCCCUGCAGAGGGAGAGGACAGUUUGUGUUUGAAGUAAAUGACAAUUACAGAAAGCCGGACUGGCAGAAUGGAACGUCUUCCACUAUGCAACUCCUGGGUGUCACAGGGCACCACCACAUUAUCUGUUACUUGGAUUGUGUCCGGAAGAAUAUCAUAUACGAGACAAACUUAAAAGUGGGAUAUCCUCCUGACAGACCCUCUAAUAUAUCAUGUUCUCUGGGAGAAUUAUCGUCUGAGAUGACAUGUACGUGGGAUAGAGGGCAAGAAACAGACUUGAGCACAAGCUAUGAUGUACAUGUCGUUAGUUUACAGACUGAAGCGUCAUAUGUGGAGAAUAAGAAAGAUGGCUCUGUACGGAUCGCAGUGAACCGAACACGGGAUGACGUGUUUAGUAUUCAGAUUACGGCGAGGAACCAGCUGAAUUACUCUGUAUCAGAUGUGGUGCUGGUCCGCGUGUCAGAUAUAGUGGUUCCCAUCACACCUAUAAUCAGAAAAAUUCGGCUUCUGCAAUCAGCCUUCAACAUUUCUAUUAGAUGGAGAAACCAGACAUCGGAGAGACUGAGCUUCUGUGAAGUGCAUUAUAAAACUCCAACAGACCCAUCAUGGAAGAUGAUUGGCCAAACAGGCAGCACAAACAAGAGUUUUGUAAUCAAUAAAAUCCCUACGGCGGUUUCCCUGCGUGUCCGAUGCAGAGAGGAAAUUGGAAAUAGUUACUGGAGUGAUUGGAGUGCCCCCCUUCAGGUUCCACCAUCAGCUCCUGAAGGCACUCCUAACGUAUGGCGGAUCCUUAGGUCAGAGUAUCCCAAUGGGACCCAGGAAGUGUCUAUCUUCAUAAUGAAAGAUAACGAUGAAAUUCCACAAAGAACAAUCUUGGGAUAUGAAGUAUUUUAUUUGGAUAUAGAAAAUAGAACUACUCUCAGGACUUGUACGGUGUCGGAGGAAGAGUGUGUCACGCUGGUCCCAAAAGGGGUCAAGAUGUUAUUUGUCUCUGCCUUCAAUUCCUAUGGGACCUCCCCCAACAGUAAUGUAUACACCCAGGAGGAAUCUGAUUUACCUCGACCGGGCAAUCUAACUGCUACAACUUGGCCAAUCCAUGUUCAGUGGCAGAGUCCGCCCAGCAGAGGGCACUCACUGCUCUGGUAUGUUCUCCAGUGGAAUCCUGACAAUUGUGAUGGGAAACACAGAAACGUGUCAUGGCAGAAACUCUCGAAGGACAGAACACAUCUUUUGUUAAAUGACACAAUCUCAGCGGAACAACGUGUGAGGAUAUUGCUGUACGCUGUAUACAGCUCUGGGGUUAGUCUGCCCAGCAUAGUGGAGUUCAAACCUGAAAGUGGACCAGAUUCUAUAACCGUAGAGAAGAUUUUACCAAACACACUAUUAAUCCAGUGGUUGGAGGUUCCUGUGUGUAAGCGGCGAGGACUUAUCACUACAUACACGCUGAAUGUGACGGAAUGGUCAAGCAGCAUACAGUACACAUACAACUCCGAAGCAAGACGCUUUACAUUCGAGGACUAUAAUCCAGAUCGCCGCUAUUCGGUUUGCAUAUCGGCAUCAACCAAGACUGGCCAGGGACCUGACUCCUGUGCAUUCAUUGAACCUGAUAAAAGAUUGCAGAACUAUUUUGAACCCCUGCUGGGUACAUGUUUGGUUGCCAUCACAUUGACCACACUCGCUUUGGUUUUAUUGAUGAUCCGGAAAAGGAUAAAAUCUAUACUACGGCUCUGGUUACCCAAAUAUCUAUAUGAAGAGUACCCCAAUGUUAGGAACAGUGCAGCAGUGCAGUUCCUACAGGAGAAACCAGAGGACUCCGUCUCCUUCCCCAACCCAUCAUACAGUGACCCAGAAAUCACAGAUGUACAGGAAGCCGCCAUCACCAGGGAGACACCUGAGGCUCACCCACUUCUUCAAACCACAACAGAUAAUAAUAUGAUAGAGCGUGUGGAUAAGGUUGGCCCACUUAUGACCACAACAGAUGACAAUAUGGUGGAGGUUGGCCAACCUCUUCAGACCACAGCAGAUAAUAUCACAGAGCAAACAUCUGGCUAUCGCCUAACAGAUGACAAUAUGGCGGAGCACAUGGCCAAGGCUGGCCCACCUCUUCAGAUCACAAUGGCUAAUAUGACAGUGGACAUGUCUGGCUAUCGCCCAACAGAUGACAAUAUGGUGGAGCACAUGGCCAAGGUUGGCCCACCUCUUCAGAUCACAAUGGAUAAUAUGACAGUGGACAUGUCUGGCUAUCGCCCGCAAGCUGCCCGGCCGAACCUCCAGAGUCAGGAUUCGUACUGCAGUCCCUUCCAUUUGUUGGACAUUCAGAGAGAACCUCAAAGACUGGAUGGGCCAAUUGAUGGCUCAGAUAGGAACGUAGGAACCUUCCAGAUGGAUUUCAGUUUGUUCCAAGGGAUGGACCUGCAGGUACUUAAUGAUGGAGCCCUGGAGGAUCACUCUUCUUCCAUGCAGGUGACGGCCAGUAUGGCCGCAUGGAGUGAGCAUCAGAAGUACCGCAACAUGGCAGAAAUGGCCGAUAUUCUGAGCAGUAAACUAAAUUGCCACUUACCGCUGGACCACCGAGGAUUACAGGACACAAAUCCGUACUUUCCACACAUGUUUGCAAGGGGAACAUAAUAUGUGUGGUGUAUUGUCCUCAUCAGACAGGUUUAGAUAGACUUUAAUGGAAACCUUAGAGAAUGUGGAGGUUGCUAUUGC